AUGAGUACUGGAAAUAAGCGUACAAUAAGACAAAUAUAUGAUGGUGCGGACCUUUCAGAUUUAGUACUAAAUUUACCACUUACACCAUACAGUGAAGAGUUCUUGUCAUAUAAGCAGAAGUUGGAUAAAGCAUUAUCUGAUUUAAAGUUGUUAGUUCAGGAACAGAUAAACAAGGAGGAGGAGAAUUUAGAUCUUUGUAAAGUUUUAGAACGAGUUAGGGAGUCAAUGUCAAACAGAGAUGAUUCAUGUGAGCAAAAGAAUAUCAAUGACCAAAUUAAGCAGGAUAAGUACUAUAGUGUGUAUUUGGAAAUAAUACAAUUAGAAGAAAGCAGGUCCGAUAUACUGGAAUGUUUUAUAAAGUGGAAGAAUGACCAUUAUUAUACCAGAUGGGAGGAAUUGAGUCAACCUCCACAAGAUAUGAAAGAUCAUUGGUUGAGAUUCAAGGAUAAGAUUUCUAAGAUAAUAUUGGAUAGCAAAAAGAUAAGUUCAAGACCUUUGCCAAGGUUGGUCGUUUCAGAAAAUAAGCCUCAAAAAGAAGAUUCUGUGUUGGAUCAUGUUUUGAAGAAUAUGGAAAAAGAGUCAAGUUCUGAUGAAAGUAAACAAAAAGACCAAUUUGAGAAGGCUGGCGAUAUUAGUAUUGCCGGACAGGCAGGCUUAAAUAAAGGAGCAGAAAAGGUUCAGGGUGAAGAAAAUGAGAACCAGAAAGCAUUAACAGAGAAUGCUGACAAGUUAGAUGAUAAUGGGAGAAAAAGACGAAAGAGAAAGCAAAGUGAGAAGGGGUCUUCAGAGUUUUGGGGUCCAAAGACACUUCCUAAGAGUAAGAAUAGGUAUAUAAGUGGAAUAUCAGCUGUUAGAGCUAUUAGAAAGAGGACUUAUAGCAAUAAUGGCAGAAUAAGAAUGAGUAGAGAAAAGGAACUUGGGCCUGAAAAUACAGCAGAAGAUGGGAAAGAGAAUUUAAUGGUCAACAAUGAGGAGCAGGUUCGAAAUUUAAGGAGAUGGGAAAGACAAGAAGAAAAGAGAAACGAGAUUAAAUUCAAUAGGUAUUUAUUAAAGAAUAAAGGUGUUAAGAAGAGGAUUCAAGAAAGUAUUCAGAUAGAAAAGGAAGAUAUAUUGAGGGAUCCUAGAAAAUGGUCGAAUAACUUUUCUCAAGGAUGUAAGAUUAGUUUGGCAAAUAAAAGCAUGUUGGAGGAUUCUUCUCAAUUGAAUAGAUCUUUGGAGUUAUCUAUAAAAAUAAAAGAAGAAGUUAAUUCAUUAAUUCAUGUAAUUGGGAAUGGUACCGAGAAUGAUAAUGAACGUAGAAAGAGUUUAGAAGUUUUGGGAGAGUUAUGUAGACAUUUUUUGACAGAAAAUUUUGGUUAUAAAGAUUUCAGGGAAGGUCAGCUGGAAGCAAUAUAUUCAGUAUUAUUGGGAGGCAAUCAAUACGAAAAUUACAGAAAAGGAAGCGUAUUAAUUCUCCCUACAGGAUAUGGAAAGAGCCUGUGUUUUCAAUAUUUGUCAUUGCUAAUGAACAUGUGGUUUGGAAAAAUUACAUUAGUGAUAACACCUUUAAUAUCUUUAAUGCAGGAUCAACUAAGAAGUUUAAGCAAAAAGAUAAGAGGGGCAGUUUGGAACUCUAGCGUAUCAGUAGAGGAGAAGAAAUCAAUAGUAGAACUAAUUGGACAGGGUGGGUUGGACAUCUUGUUUGUGACGCCAGAGAGUAUGUUUUCAACUUUUUUAACAAAAGGAAUAGUAAUAAAUCAAAGUCGUGAUCAGAGUAAAAUAGCUAGAUUAGACCUAUCUGAGAACAGAAUUGCAUUGCUUUGUGUGGAUGAGGCACAUUGUGUUUGCGAAUGGGGACAUUCAUUCAGACCAAAUUAUUACUCUUGUAUAGGGCAUUUAAUUAAUAACUUUAAAGUAGAAAGAGUAUUGGGAAUAACAGCAACAGCUCCUUUUUGUAUGUUAGAUGAGCUCAAAUCUCUUCUUAAGGUGGAAAAGGUGAUACAGCCAUACUCAAACCAAAGAAUACAAAGAGAAAAUCUCUAUUGCAAAGUUUUGCAUUUGGAUUUAAUGAAGAAGAAAGCAAUUCAAGGCUUUAAUAAAAAUGGUUUUAACUUUACAAAAGUACCAAAAGUUUACAAUAACUACUCUUUGAUAUGGGACCAUAUUAAGUACUCUUUAAAUGGUAACAAUAGUAAUAAUAAUAGCCAAGAUAAAGAUACAAUGGAAGAGCAUCAGCUUCGUGAGAAAAAGAAAACAAGGAAAGAAGUUUGGUCUAAAUGUAAAAAUAUUUUGAUUUACGUCUGGCAAAGAUCAGAAGUGGAAGCCGUCACAAACUAUUUAAGGACUAAAGGAGCUAAUGCUUUGUAUUAUCAUGGAAUGAUGAGCAACAAUGAGAGGGAGAUGGUUCAAAAAUCAUUUAUUGAGAAUAAGGCAAACAUAUUUGUGGCAACAACAUCCUUCGGAAUGGGAAUUGAUAAAAAGGAUAUUGAUGCAGUAAUACAUUGGAAUAUGCCAAAUUCUUUGGAACAAUAUAUACAAGAAACAGGAAGAUGUGCAAGGCAAUUGGAUAAAUUAGGGAUAUGUUUAAUGUUAUUAUCAGAUGAUGAUUAUAAGAACAAAAGACAAAUCAUUUCUGCUUCUUUGAUGGACAAAACGGCUUUAAGAUGUUUGUUACAUGUAAUAUUGAGUAAAUAUAACUUCGGUACCGAUUUAGAUGUUAUCCAAGAUUUUGAACAGACAAAAAUAGAAUUCGAAAUUUUUCCUAUCGAGCUUUUCAAGAUUGUUUUGAAUGUUAGACAAACAGAAGAAAUUGAGAAUUUAUUGCAUCAUAUAAAACCUUAUUUGGAUUACUUAUUGGGAAUCAAAUAUAAAGGAAAAAAUGUAAAGGCUAGUUGGGUUAGCUAUAUAAGAGGAAGUCCUUAUAUAAAGGUAAGAUGCUUUGACGAAGAUUUCUCCAAAAUUAAGGAAAAGAGUCAGAUUUUUAGCUUAGUCUCAAGAUUUUCAACUGAGAAUUCUGGCGUAGUUACAAUUAACCUCUUGGAGGCUUCUAUGCAUUUAGGGAAGAAUUUGGAGGAGUUGGAGGACGAGAUUGAGAAUGAGAGGAGUGUUUGGAAAAUUUCUGUGGAGACUUUAACGAAUAAACAAUGCAUUAUUUUGGGCCAGAGUCUUGUUAAAGAUAACUCUCAAUGCAUUCAGACGGAAGGUUUUGUAUCCAAGAAGGAUUUUGGAGCCUUGUUUUUGGACUUUAAUUCAGAAAAUUGUCAUGUUGGUACUGGUGUUGAUACUGGUAAUAGUAAGAGGCAACUAGUAAAGGAAAACUGGGUGGAUCUUUUGGUUGAGGAUUUGCACAAGGAAUUGAUUCAUCGUAAUUCAAAUGAACUUUGGAAGUUGGAUAUUGCAUAUUUUUCAUUCCAAAAGUUUGGAAUGGACAAAUCUUGUAAAGAUUCGAUAAUUGAGUCUUAUUUUAGUAACAGAAAGUCAGAUCUUUAUCUUAAACUUUUCAAUCAGGAAAUUUGUACAUCUCAAAAUCCUGAAUCAAAUCCUAGGGAAGGCCUUGAAGGAGUUUCCAGGAGUUUUAUCAGAGAUUUGGUUCUAGGAAAAGCCAAUAAUUCUCAAGAUCAAAGUCAGAGUUUAAUAGAAAAUUCUUCAGGAGACAAUACUUUUGAAAAUAUGAUACAGGAAAUUUGGAUAACCAAAUGGAACCAGGAGCUAUUGCAUGACCUUGCAUUAGGAGGGAAAGAAUUAGUAAAGUUAAAUUCCUUUAUAAGUACUCAAGAUAGGGAUCAGGAGGCAAAUUUGAAUAGAGCAUACAAAGAAAAGAUAAAGGAGGAACCAGAAAAAUCAGAGUUUUAUCAAUUUAAUAAUUUGGAUGAUUCAAAGAAUGAAGAAGAUGAGAAAAGUAAGAAGAAGGAAAUGAAAGAAGUUUAUCAAAAGAUCAGUUCCUGUAUAAAGUCUGGUGUAAAUUGUUUAUUAAGCAAUUACCUAGCCGAAUUGAGCCCAGUUCAAUGGGAAACUUAUCGAGUCUCAACAGAAAGAAUAAUAUCUCACUUUUUUUCUAAGGCACAAAAAGAAUCCAAGAGAAGAAGAAGAGAAGAAACCCAACAAAAUGAAGGUUCAAGAUUGGAUUUUUCACACUAUUUAGGGUUUGAGGAAUUUGACGUAAUUUUUCCAGCGGAUAUUGCUAGGAUUUUGGUUGGAGUUACGUCUUUUAGAUAUUGUUAUAAAGCUAAAGGUGGCCUAAAGAAAGAUUGUUUACAUAGUAACGAUGUUGUUUCAUCCAAGUUAUGGGGUAAAUUUAAAAGUAUACCAUAUUCUGUCGUUUUGGAUAUUUGCCAGGAAAGCUUUAAGGAGAUUAUAAAGAACAAACUAAGUAUCUAA